AUGGGGAACAUCUCUCUCGAGACCGCCGAGAGACAAAGGGGCGAGAGCGUCAUUUCCAAGGUGCUGGACCAGCUCAUCCAGGCGCUGGCUAUCGUUGGCGCUCGGGCGGAGACGGAGAAGGCGACGGUCGACACGGCCAGGAUAGAUGCGGAGGGCAUGCUGAAGGAAAUCCGGACGUUGGUUCCUUCCUCCGGCUCUGCUUCCGCCGCUUGUGCGGCCGUCGUGGCCCCGACUCGCCGCGCUAGCGCUCCCUUCUCACAAGUCGCCGAGAACGAGUAUCGGCCGCACUCCAUUUUGCCCGGCGAUGCUGUGGACACCAGGUCCGAGAUUAAGGCCAAUUUGCUGGUGGAGCAGGAGGCCGGCGUCGUGGCGGUGGCGGUGGUGGCAGACAGCCAGAAGAAGAGCCUCCAAGAGCAGCUCGACAACGCGGGGGUGACCGUGGAGGAGAAACAGGCUAUGAUUAACGCUCUAACCGAAGACCAAAAGACGAUCGAGGGCAUCCUAGAAGGCGAGCGGGUGAGGAUGGAAGGGAGCUUCAAGAACGCCGCGGCGGCGCGUAAGGCGAGGGACGAGAAGCACGCUGAAGAAUGGCAUGAAGCGGCGCAACUGGCGGUUGCCGGAGCGGCGUCCGUUGUGGAUGACGAUGGCGAUCAGGAUCCACAAGGGCAAGAGAAGGCCGACGGCAGCGGGGACGAAACGGACCGCGAAGACGACAGAGGGGUGAUCGCAGCGUUGAGGAAGGCACAUGUGGAGCAAGUUGCACUUCUGGAAUCAAGCCUGACUGCCAAGGCUAAGAGCGCGAAACACGCUGUCAAGAGCGACUGGCCGCACAGAGGGUGGCAAGAGAUCGACACACGAGGGGAGGCUUUCGCCGAACCGAAUUCACUGACAGUCAAUCAUCUCUUGGACCAUUGCCCUCAUAGAAGCCUCAGCGAUCUGCCCUCGUCCUACUUUCCGCGUUUGGCCAUGCCGCUUGUCUGCGCCGGUCACGAUAGAGCCAAGCGCGAAGCCGAGCUUGUGGAGGAUGGGGCCUCUUGGUCGGAAGUGGCCAUCAAAGCGGACAAGGAGCUCGCGGCCAAGGAGGAAUCGCAACAGGAGGACCUAGCGGCCACGCUUGCGUCGGAGAAGCGGCCGCUGCGGAAGAGGCUCACCGCAUACGCGAGCAGGCGGUCGAAGCAAUCCAGGCUCUGGAGGCGCAAGGUACUGGCCGAGCGGUUGAAGGCAAAGCGUCGGGCCAAGGAAGCCGAGCGGGAAAGGCAUGGGGCUGGAGAGAUGGAGCGGUGCAAGCAAGUCGCGGACCUGACCCGCCUCGAGGACCUACAGAUUGAGGCCUUGGAGGAAGAACUUCUACACGAGAGAGUGAUUGGUCUCAAGGACGUGAGAGCCUGUGCCGCUGCUGCGGAAGUGGCCGCUACAGUGGCCAGCAGCCGUGCCACCGAAGGCGGUGAGGUGGACCUGCGGGCGGCCGUGUUGGCAAGCAAGAUAUAG